AUGCGUUCAACAAGUGACGAGAUGCCAUCCGUGGCUAUAUUCUGUCCUCAAAGCAAAGCUCCACAGAAAAUUUACCUCGAUCGACUACACUCUUUCCUUUGCCAAAACCAAUUCUUGAAACCUUUUGUUCAAGAUAUCCAAGAUCUUCCUCAGACUUGGCAAACUUUCGCAAAUCAUAGGGAGGAUAUUGCGGCUCUCAAACAAGGGCCAAGAUAUAUGAAAAAUUUGUCUAACUGGAUUACAACUGGUGAAUCCGAACCCAUUGCAAAUGCAAUGUCCGGCAUAUUAUCAUUACCUCUUUUAGUCAUAAUUCAAAUAGGACAAUACUUUCAAUUUCUUGGAUUGAAUGGAAUGAGACAUUCUGAAUUUCUCACUCAAGUUCGAAACGGUGGGGGAAUUCAAGGAUAUUGUGGUGGCUUAUUACCAGCUAUGGCAAUCGCUUGUUCGAAAGAUGAAAUAGAAUUGGCGAAAUAUGCAUCUGUGGCCAUGCGUAUUGCCCUUGGAAUAGGGGCAUACGGAGAGCUGGGUGAUGAUGAAAAUAUACCAGGACCAACAACAAUUGUCGUACGCUUGAAACGUAUAGGACAAGGGGAAGAGAUUGUGUCCAAAUUCCCAGGCGCACACAUUUCCGCUGUUACUGACCCCAAAACUAUUAGCAUGGUAGGGUCAGUGCCAGUACUUGCCAAAGUACAAGCAUAUGCACGCGAGCAAGGCCUACUUGUACAAGAAAUGCAUCUCCGAGGAAAGGUACAUAAUCCUGAGAAUGCAGAGCUCUCGUUAGAAUUGUGCGGUCUAUGCGAUAAAAUAGAUUCCUUGCAACUUCCACCGGUAUCCGCUCUGCAGGCACCAAUGAGAUCAAAUAAGACGGGGCGGCUACUCGAAAACGAAUCUCUGAGCCAUGAGGCUGUGCAGACAAUCUUAGCAUCAAGGUGUGAAUGGUAUACUCUUCUCACAAAACUAGCAAAUGAACUUGAGAAGAGUGGAAAGAGAUCACAUGUAUUCGCAACUUUUGGUAUCGGUGAUUGUGUCCCGUUGGCACCAUUCCAUAAGAAGCAAUUGCGCAUAACAAAACUCGAUGUUCUCAGUGCAAUCAACGGAGCUGUGCCAUCGGUACCUAAACCACGAGAAGAAACGCAUUAUUCUUUUCCUGAUGAUGCCGUCGCCGUGGUUGGGGCCUCAUGUCGUCUACCUGGUGCAAAUAAUCUGGAAGAACUUUGGGAUCUGAUAUCAAAAGGAACCUCAGCUGCGAAAGAAGUUCCCAAUGAUCGCUUUGAAUUACAUCGUAGUUUCAGAGCUUCACAAGACUGGAAAUUCGCUGGCAAAAGAAAGUUCUUUGGUAAUUUUUUGGACAUCGUGAAAGAUUUUGACCAUGCAUUUUUCCGCACAAAUCCAAGAGAAGCGGUAAACAUGGAUCCCCAGCAAAGAAUCUUGCUCGAGCUUGCAUAUGAAGCAAUGGAGUCUAGCGGGUACUUACGUUCGCAUAAACGCGAAAAUAAUGAUCCGAUAGGGUGUUUCAUAGGGGCUAGCUUUGUGGAAUACCUUGAUAAUACAAACUCGAACGCACCAACCGCUUAUACAUCAACCGGAACUAUCAGGGCUUUUCUAUGUGGUAAAAUCAGCUACUACUUUGGAUGGAGUGGCCCAUCAGAAGUUAUCGAUACUGCAUGUUCUUCUUCACUAGUAGCAAUUCAUCGAGCAGUUCGGGCCAUACAAAGUGGAGAAUGCCCAAUGGCUUUGACUGGUGGGAUCAAUAUCAUGACUGGCAUCAACAAUUAUCUAGAUCUGGCAAAAGCUGGAUUUUUGAGUCCUACAGGGCAAUGCAAACCAUUUUGCGAGUCAGCUGAUGGAUAUUGCAGGGCCGAAGGAGGUGGGCUGAUUUUCUUGAAGUCAUUGAAACAGGCGGUUGCAGAUGGAGAUCAAGUCCUCAGUGUCAUUCCUGGAGCGGCGACAAAUCAAGGAGGUUUAUCAUCUUCACUUACAAUUCCUUCAUCCCCGGCACAAAUCCAGUUAUAUCAGAACAUAUUGAAUAAAGCCAAAAUGAAACCGGACCAGGUGUCUUAUGUAGAGGCUCAUGGUACUGGUACCCAAGCUGGUGACCCACUCGAAGUAGCAAGCAUUCGACAAGUAUUCGGAGGAUCUGAGAGAACCAAUUCUCUAUACUUAGGAUCUAUCAAGGGCAACAUUGGGCAUUGCGAGACCGGAGCUGGAGUUGCUGGUUUACUGAAACUAAUUGCAAUGAUCAACAAAGGAAUCAUCCCGCCUCUCGCAAGUCACAACACCCUUAAUCCAAAGAUUCCAGCUCUGGAGCCGGAUCGAAUGGCAAUCACUACAAAAGCUAUACCGUGGAAUGCUCCAUUCCGGGCAGCUUGCGUGAAUAGCUAUGGAGCUGCUGGAAGUAAUGCUGCCAUGUUGAUAUGUGAAGGUCCACGACAAUACAUAGAAGCACCAAAGAAUCCACUUCAGAUUAGUGCAAAUUUUCCAAUUAUUCUAAGCGCAUCAACAAAAGAUAGCGUGUUGAAGUAUGCGAAGAGUCUUGGAGACUAUCUUGCAGCUGCAUCGCCAAAACCAAGUCUCGAUGACUUGGCGUUUACGUUAAGUGAACGAAGGCAACAUCAUAAAUUUCGUUGGACUACGACAGAGUCAAAUAUCGAUCGACUUAUUCAACUAUUGAAAACGGAUACUCAGUCGUGUUUUGAGACCCCAAAGGUACUAAAGCAUACCGUACUAGUUUUUGGAGGUCAAAGUAAACAAAUAGUUGGACUUGACAAGAAGUUGUACCAAUCUCACCCCCAACUUCGAGGGUAUAUAGAUGAUUGCAACGAUCUUGUUACGAAUCUCGGCUUCUCAGCUAUCUUGCCAGCGAUAUUUCAAUCUGAGCCAAUCACAGAUAUCGUUGCACUUCAAUGCGGUACUUUUGCAAUGCAAUAUGCAUGCGCGAAAUGUUGGAUUGACGCUGGACUAGAAAUAGAUACAGUAGUGGGUCAUAGCUUCGGCGAAUUGACUGCUAUGACUGUAGCUGGAGUACUAUCAAUACAAGACGGAAUCAAAUUGAUUGCUACUAGAGCUUCACUGAUGCAAACGAAAUGGGGUCCAGAAAGGGGGACAAUGCUCGCAAUUCAUGCCAAUAAGGAGCGUGUACAAGAUAUCAUAGCUUGUAUUAAUUCAGGAGCUGGAGAAUUGGAGAUAGCCUGUUUCAAUGCUCCUACAAGUCAAAUUAUUGUCGGCAAUUUAAUGUCGAUAGCCGAAGUCGAGGAAUUGCUAAGAAUCGAUUCUCGAUUCAACGGUAUUAAAUCUCAACGCCUUGAUGUUAGCCACGGCUUCCACUCCAAGUUUACAGAACCACUUCUGAAAGACAUCGAUGAGUUUGCAGAGACCUUGAAGUUCAAUCAAGCAAAGAUUCUAGUUGAGAGCUGUACUUUGGAUUCAUUGGAAGAAAUAUUGCCAAGUCGUCUUUCAGAGCACACCAGGGAACCUGUCUAUUUCCUCGAUGCCAUUCGAAGAAUUGAAAGAAGAUUAGGACCAUGUCUCUUUCUAGAAGCUGGAAUGAAUUCUCCAGGAAUAGCAAUGGUCAAGAGAGCUGUUCAGAAACCGGAUGAUCAUUGUUUCCAAGAGAUGAAGCUCAAGAACUCUCAAGAUCCAAUGGCUGUACUCUCGGCUAUUACAACAAACCUUUGGCGUGAAGGCGUUCCAGUAUCAUUCUGGACCUUUCUAUCGCCGCCACAAGAGGGAGGAUAUAAGCAAAUUUGGCUUCCACCAUAUCAAUUCCAACGUACGCCACACUGGUUGGAAAACAUAGAUAGAGUAAUCGAAGCUCAAGAUAGAAUCUCUUCGACCGUACUCAAGCCUACAAAAGACUUCCAAAUUCAAGCUCCCAAACAGCUCGUGACGAAAACAGACGGGUCGCGAAAAGAAUACAAAAUCCACAUUGAUACUGAAAGAUAUUCCAGAAUUGUAUCGGGUCAUGCAGUUAGAAGACAGCCAUUAUGCCCCGCGUCAAUGUAUAUGGAGUGUGCAGCCAUGGCAUUACAGAUUUCAGGUGCUGAUGUUGAAAAAAAGUCGAUGUUCUUUGAUGGCUUGACUUUCCAAGCUCCUCUUGGUAUUUACAUGGACCGAGAAGUGUCCUUGAUAUUGGAGGAAUCUUCAGAACCACAUAUCUGGACCUUUGUAAUGAAAAGUUCGUUGAAGGUCGACUCAAAAUCUAGGCCCACGAUACACGCAAAAGGAAUGAUUGGUUUGACUACUCAACCACAACUUUCAACUUAUGAGAGACUUAUAUCGGAUCGUGUCAAUGCAUUGAUAAAGCAACCGGGUACUGAGAAAUUGAUGUCCAAACGAGCAUAUGGUCUUUUCUCAACAGUUGUACACUAUUCGGACUUCUUACAUGGGAUUUCAAACAUCACGAUGGAUGGAAAUCAGGCAAUUGCAGAUAUUGAGUUGCCUCCUUUCCCCGUCGAGGUACAGGAGAGCACAAUCAAUCAUAUCUGCGACACCGUCGCUUUGGAUACCUUUAUUCAAGUUGUUGGUUUACUUAUCAAUAGUAGCUCUCACUGCUCCUCUGAUGAAGUGUACGUUGCUACCGGUGUUGACAGUACAAUCAUGUCAGUCUCAUCAUGCAAUUUCACAAAUUGCAAGUAUUGGACGGUGUAUGCUAUGUUCACACCAACUAGUACUACCCAAGCCACUGGUGACAUCUAUGUUUUCACUCGAGAUGGAAAAUUGGUAAUGACCAGCACUGGAGUCAGUUUCACAAAGUUAUUGAUAACAAAGCUCGAGAAAAUGCUUGCUGCAGCAAAUCCGAAAGUAUCAAACAAUGCACCACUGAAGCAAGAGCUCAUGAGAACGUUAACGCCGAUUACAACUCCAGGGUCACCAACUGAAGAUGAUUCGAGAAGUAGUAUUGAUGAUUCUGAUGAUGAAGGGCCACCUACACCUACAGACUUUGUGUCGGGGGCAGACAAUCUGAAAAAUUUGAUUGCCUCAUAUACAGGUCUUUCUGAUACGGAAAUUAUUGAUGAUGUGAAUAUUGGUGAUCUUGGAGUGGAUUCGUUGGCAGCCGUUGAGCUUGCCGAGGAACUGCAAACAAAAUUUGGGAAAGAGAUUGCAGCUGAGGAUCUUAUGAUGAGCACCUAUGCAAAUUUGCUCCGGAUUUUCGUUUCUACAACACAAUCGAGCAAAUCAAAGCCGAUAAAAGCCAGAUCAGCGGCAUCUGAGAUCAUUCAACAAACACCCAAAGCCUCUUCUAAGCAUGACAGCAAUUCAUUACAAAGACAAAAGGUGUUACAAAUGAUUUCUGAGAUAUGUGGAGCUCCAAUUGACGAAAUCCGAGAUUCAGCAGCUCUGCAAGACCUUGGUGUUGAUUCGCUUUCGGCUGUCGAGUUGAAAAGUGAGCUUGAAGAUAAAUUUCCAAUCGAAAUUGAUGAGGAUGAUCUCAGUCUAGAGUCAACAGUCAAAGAGGUAUUGAAGUAUCUCGGCAUUGAGGCAACCCAACAACAACAAAAACCUAUCAUUGCAGUUUCAAACGGCAACACGAGCUUAUCCAACAGUCUUGAAAGAGCCAUUGCAAAUCCACCGGUAGUUCUAGCAAACCCCAUGGACAUAAUUGAGAAAAGUCAAGCAGCCUUUGAACCUGCUGCCAAGAAGCUCGGAUAUAUCAAUUACUGGUCUGAAGUUGGUCCAAAGCAAGAUGAACUAUUGAUAGCAUACAUUGCAGAGGCGUUUAGAACACUUGAUGCUGAUUUAUGGAAACUUGGCAAUGGGCAAGAGUUACCAGAUAUUACUUAUCUUCCGAAACAUUCAAAAGUUAUGGCUCGAUAUAUGGAAAUACUGCAGACAGGAAAGAUCAUUGAAAAGAAAGGCAGCAAAUAUUUUCGAACCUCAAGAAGUCUUUCAAAUUUGAGUUCGGAUGAAUUGCUUCAAAACUUGCUGCGACAAUAUCCUGCCUACGCAGCAGAAUCGAGACUAAUGGAAUUGACUGGUCCAAAACUCGCGAGCUGUUUGACUGGAAAAGCUGAUCCUGUUGCACUAAUGUUUGGUACCUCGGCAGCACAAAGGACAAUGGGAGACUAUUACACUACUUCGCCUAUGCUUGGUACUCUCACUGAGCAAUUGGUCGAUUUUAUGAGACAAAUCGUGAUCAACACUACCGGUCAUGGACCAAUCAAAAUUCUAGAGGUUGGAGCUGGAUUCGGCGGAACAACCACACGACUUGCAGAAAUCCUUCAAGAAGCUGGUCGACCAGUUGAAUACACUUUCACAGAUAUUUCUCCUUCACUUGUCAAAAAUGCCAAGACAAAAUUUGCGAAGUAUGAUUGGAUGAAGUUCCAAACUUUGAACCUCGAAAAGGAUAUUCCAGCGAAUAUGAGAGGACAAUAUGACAUCGUUAUAGGAACAAAUUGUGUCCAUGCAACCACUAACAAGACUUCUUCGACUAGACAUUUGAGGGAAACAUUGAGAGAUGGCGGCUUCGUUAUUCUCUCUGAAGUUACGAAGCUCAUUGAUUGGUAUGAUGUGGUGUAUGGACUUCUAGAUGGUUGGUGGUUAGGAGAUGACACCAAUUAUCCUCUUCAACCACCAGAAUUUUGGAUGCAGUGCUUUAAAAAGGCAGGAUAUGCUUCAGCGUCGUAUACGGAAGGAUCAACGCCAGAUUCCAAUACGCAGCGUCUACUUAUCGCUUCUACCAAGCUCCUCAAAACUCCAAGUCGUGAAUGCACUGCGAAGAGGGAGUCGAAAUUGGGUCAAAGAGUCGAAACGGUGACUUAUAAAAUUGUUGAUGGUGUUGAAGUACUAGCGGAUAUCUUCCUACCGGAGGUGGCACCGAUCAAUCCAAUGCCUAUAGCCUUGAUGAUCCACGGCGGCGGACAUAUGACAUUAUCAAGAAAAGCCAUUCGUCCAGCUCAAACAUCACUUCUCCUUGCAAAUAACGUAAUUCCUAUUAGUUUGGAUUACAGAUUAUGCCCAGAGGUAGAUCUUAUCAACGGCCCCAUAGCAGAUAUUCGUGAUGCAUAUUUUUGGGCUCAAACCAAACUGCCAGGGCUUGUGAGUGAUAGAGGAAUCAAGAUAGAUCCUACCAAGAUUGUCAUGAUUGGUUGGUCAACAGGAGGUCAUUUGGCAAUGACAACCGCAUGGACAACCAAAAAUAUUGGCCUAGAGCCUCCUUGUGCAAUAUUAGCAUUUUAUAGUCCAACGGAUUUCGAAUCGGGAGAUUUAGAUAUCAGUCGUGCAAAUCAAUACCCGGGAAGGAAGUUAUCCCUGGACACGAUUAGAAAAUCCCUUUCCACGCGUCCGAUCACAAAUUAUGAUGCUGAGAGCAUCGAUUCAACAGGCCUAGGAUGGGUUCGUCCAGGAGAUCCGAGAUCCGAGCUUAUGUUGUCUCUUUUUAAAGAAGGGAAUGGCCUUAGUAUUAUGCUGAAUGGUAUCUCUGAUGAUGAUUGGUGUAGAAAACCGGAUCGAGAACGUGUCGCGUUCAUCAGUCCUAUGGCUCAACUCCGAUCCGGUAUAUACACCACACCAACAUUUUUAAUACAUGGCGAGGAUGAUGAGAUUGUUCCAUUUCAUACGGCGAAGAAAUUUGUGACCGCUUUGAAGGAGCAUGGAGUACAGUCUGGUUUGUUGGGGGUGUCUUGUGCAAAACAUAUUCAUGACUUAAAUUUGAGGCCGGGUAUGGAAGAAUGGAGACGAGGUGUUGAGCCAGGAUAUGAUUUCUUAUUCGAAAUACUGUCAAGAUUAUGA